AUGCUAAAGAAGAUUGAUCCAUCGAAUUCUGUUCCAGUUGCUUAUUUGAAACAAAUCAACCCUUCUGUUAUUACUAGUGUUUUGUUGUCUCAAGAAGACACUGGUCCGUCCAAGAAAUCGCAGAAAACCAAGAAGGAGGUUAAAGAAGGUGUUGACAAGAAAAGUCCAAAAAAAGGUAAAUCUAAAUCUCUGAAAAAGACUGCUGAUAAGGAGACGGGGUCAAAGAAAGGUGAAAAGUCUGUGGAAAAUGUUGUUGCUGAAUCUUCGAAGGAAUUAAUCUCUUCGAAAUCUGGGGUAUUCAAGCGAUUAAAGAAAAUGUCUCAUAAGUCCCAAACUUCCUUAGAAGAUCAAUCUCAACUUAUUCGCAAAGCUCAAUUGAAUAGGAACGGGGUUAAAGUUUGUGAGAUUCCAGAUCCUGUUUCUCCUUCAUCAAAGAAACGAAGAGUUGAAGACGUGGCGAAACAUAUUUCAAAGAAGAUAAAGAAGAGGAAGUUGUUUCUUCAAAACGAAUCUUCAGAAGACAACGAAUAG